AUGCCAGCGCCCCGCAACGCCGCGCCCGCCGUGAUGCUGCCGAGGAUGAGGCGCUUGUCCUUGGCAGCUGAGGGGGAGCUUUCCCGAGCGUGUGCGGCUUUGGUGGACCACUCCUUCAUGCUGACGCUGUUGUGGCCAAACUCCGCUCCAAGCACCCCACCGCUCCACCGGCCGGACCUGCCCUGGCCGCACUGGGGCCUCCGCCGCAGCACUUGGUCCCCGACAUUGCGGUGGAACAGGUGGGCCGGGCUGCUCCGGAGAAGAAGCGCGCCCGGGCCCAGCGGCCUCCGUGGCGACCAUCUCCGCGAGGCGCUGGGGACCGCCCACAGCGACGAGGUGGUUGCCCACCUUGCCGGGGUUGUGCGCUUGCUCGCGAGCGGCGGUGCCCCGCCGGAGGUGGCUGCGCACCUGGCAGGCGGCGCCUUGCUCGCGUUGCCCAAAGGCGACGGAGACGUGCGACCCAUUGCUGUGGGGGAGACGCUGCGGCGGCUGGUGGGCAAAUGUCUUUGCGAAGCGGUGCGGGAGGAUGUUAAGGCCCACUUCUGCCCGCUCCAGGUUGGCGUGGCCACGCCCCUUGGUGCGGAGGGCGCGGGGCCGCACGCCCUCCCAGACCUCACUUUCGGCUUCCUGGAUGACGUCUGCUUGGCGGGCAACUGCCGCCACGUGGCCUCGGCCCUGCACUGGCUGCACGUGGAGGUGGAAAAGCCUGGCCUCCUUCCUCCCCAGCUGGACGCCGACGGUGCUCCAGAGAAUGGGGUGCCCAACCCUGCUGGACGGCGCUCUGCUGACAUCUGGGUCGCAGCUGGGGCAUUCACGGGCCUGCCGCCCUUGAUCUUGCCGACUCCGUCCUGGACAGCUCCCACAAGCUGCUGCCGCAGGGGGCGCGUGGGCGGUGGGGCCAGCUACAGAUUACGAGGGCUCUGGGGGUCGCUGUCCUGGGUAGGGCCCUGGCUGCGCGCAGCGGCGGCGAUCGAGACCGACCGCCCUG